CCCCGCCCCGCGCGCUCGCAGACCCCCGGGGCGGCUGCCGCGGGAGAUGCUGGAAGAAACUUCUUAAAUGACCGCGUCUGGCUGGCCCUGGAGCUUUUCUGGGUUGGGGAGAGGAAAGGAAAGUGGAAAAAAACUGAGAACUUCCUGAUCUCUCUCGCUGUGAGACAUGUCUGAGACUCCUGCUCAGUGUAGCAUUAAGCAGGAACGAAUUUCAUAUACACCUCCAGAGAGCCCGGUGCCGAGUUACGCUUCCUCGACUCCACUUCAUGUUCCAGUGCCUCGAGCGCUCAGGAUGGAGGAAGACUCGAUCCGCCUGCCAGCGCACCUGCGCUUGCAGCCAAUUUACUGGAGCAGGGAUGACGUAGCCCAGUGGCUGAAGUGGGCUGAAAAUGAGUUUUCUUUAAGGCCAAUCGACAGCAACACGUUUGAAAUGAAUGGCAAAGCUCUCCUGCUGCUGACCAAAGAGGACUUUCGCUAUCGAUCUCCUCAUUCAGGUGAUGUGCUCUAUGAGCUCCUUCAGCAUAUUCUGAAGCAGAGGAAACCUCGGAUUCUCUUCUCACCCUUCUUCCACCCGGGUAACUCUAUCCACACACAGCCCGAGGUCACCCUGCAUCAGAACCACGACGAAGAUAACUGUGUCCAGAGGACCCCCAGGCCACCCGUGGAGAAUGUGCACCACAACCCUCCCACCAUCGAACUGUUGCACCGCUCCAGGUCACCCGUCACCGCCAACCACCGGCCUUCCCCUGACCCUGAGCAGCGGCCCCUCCGGUCCCCCCUGGACAACAUGAUCCGCCGCCUCUCCCCUGCCGAGAGGGCCCAGGGACCGAGGCUCCACCAAGAGAACAACCACCAGGAGCCCUACCCCCUGUCAGUGUCUCCCAUGGAGAAUAACCACUGUCCGGCGCCCUCCGAGUCCCACCCGAAGCCCUCCAGCCCGCGGCAGGAGAACACCCGCGUGAUCCAGCUGAUGCCCAGCCCCAUCAUGCACCCCUUGAUCUUGAACCCCCGGCACUCCGUGGAUUUCAAACAGUCCAGGCUCUCCGAGGACGGGCUGCACCGGGAAGGGAAACCCAUCAACCUCUCUCACCGGGAAGACCUGGCGUACAUGAACCACAUCAUGGUUUCCGUCUCCCCACCAGAAGAGCACGCUAUGCCCAUCGGGAGAAUAGCAGAUUGUAGACUGCUCUGGGAUUACGUCUAUCAGUUGCUUUCUGACAGCCGGUACGAAAACUUCAUCCGAUGGGAGGACAAAGAAUCCAAAAUAUUCCGGAUAGUGGAUCCCAAUGGACUGGCCCGACUGUGGGGAAACCAUAAGAACAGAACAAACAUGACCUAUGAGAAAAUGUCCAGAGCCCUGCGCCACUACUACAAACUAAACAUUAUCAGGAAGGAGCCAGGACAAAGGCUUUUGUUCAGGUUUAUGAAAACCCCCGACGAGAUCAUGAGUGGCCGAACAGACCGUCUGGAACACCUUGAGUCCCAGGAGCUGGAUGAACAAAUAUACCAAGAAGACGAAUGCUGAGGGCACCAGCACACCACCCCAGCGGCCGGUAGCCCAGGGAACCCUCGCCCACCAGGAUCGCGGGAGGCGUGACAUGACGUGGGGAGCAGGCGAGCCAAGGAGAGUGGAAAGGAAGAGACCAGACAUGGCAGUGACACUUCUCUUGCAGGCUACAGGGGACCUAGAGCACCUUAGAUAAACUAUCCCGCAGAGGCAGGCUGGCAUUCUGGAGGGCACGAGCCUAGCACUUGCGUGUCACAGUCCCUUCCCAGCUGGGAUCUCUCCAUCUGUAAUUCCUCACCUCACCCUUCCCCCUAUUGUUAGUUUCAUGGUGUUUUCAUUUUUGUUUCUUUAAGAAUAUACGGUUUGACUUUUCAUCGUUCAUAUAGAGGAAGACAUCUGAUGUUGUAUUCCUAUGGAAAUAUAUAUCUAUUAUAUAUAUAUAUUUUUUUUUUUUUCUCCCAAAUCUCA